CCUUGAUAAACCCAAAAAAGUAGCAGCUGCCAGACGCCAGAACUUGAAAAAAUGUCGACAGAAGCCACACCUGUUCCAGUAAAGGAGGGGUCUCCCUCCGAAAGUUCUCCGGAUCCAACCGUUCCAUCCAAGAGGAAGCAAUAUAGACAAGCAAAACAGGAAGAAAGACAAACGAAGCAGGUGAAGAUAGCAGAACCAACGUCAGAUAUGAAAGAGACAAAGCCGCUACCAAAAAAGAGGUACUAUAGACAACGUGCACAUUCGAAUCCUUUCUCAGAUCACAAGCUUGAUUAUCCUAUUUCGCCAGAGGAAAUGGAUUGGUCGAAAUUAUACCCAACGGAUGAGAACGAAGACAAACAAGUGACGAUUGCAGAUAUAGGAUGUGGGUAUGGUGGAUUACUCGUAGCAUUGGCCGAACAUUUUCCUGAACGCAGAAUACUAGGAAUGGAAAUCAGAGUGCAAGUGACAGAGUAUGUAGAAGAAAGAAUAAGGGCAUUACGUGAAUCUCACAAGGAUGAUGCCAAGUUCAACAAUUGUGCUGUCAUCAGAGCCAACUCGAUGAAAUUUCUUCCGAAUUUCUUCAGACGUGGUCAAUUGGAUAAGAUGUUUUUUUGUUUCCCUGAUCCACAUUUCAAACAAAGAAAGCACAAGGCCAGAAUUAUUACCAAUACAUUGUUAUCUGAAUAUGCAUAUGUCCUUAAAGAAGGUGGAAUCUUAUACACCAUUACGGAUGUUUUCGAUCUACACGAAUGGAUGAAAAAACAUUUGGACGAACAUCCAAUGUUUGAAAGACUCUCUCCCGAGCAAGAACAAUCUGAUGUAUGCGUCGAUAUCAUGACGAAUGCCACCGAAGAAGGUAAAAAGGUCAGUCGUAAUAACGGAAGUAAAUACAUUGCUUGUUACACGAGGUUACCAAACCCAGAAGUAUAAUGUAUAUUGUCACGUAUGUACAUUUACAUAAAAUAAUAGUAAUCAAAAAUCUAUAGCACCCAGUACUUCGUACGUCCUAAUUAACCCAUCCAACUCUUGAAACUCCGUAUACUUUUGCUAUCAUCAGUUUUGAACUUGUGUAUCGAUUUUAGACUUGGAAUCUCCACAUCAAUGGAGUCAUCCAUGGUAGGCAACAGUGGCGUACUGUUGGUACUAACAUUAGCAGAAAUACCGCCCACCCUCUGCUCUAAAUCAAACACUGGCGUAGACGUAGUGCUGCUA